AUGGUAGACGUGGGAGUCCAACACGGCUAUAUCUGCACCGGGGAGGCCUUCAUCUGCCUUCGCAUCACCGAAGAUCCAUCGGUUGUGCAAUACUAUUUGCUCGUCCCCAACCGUGAUGUCACUGACGAGGAUGAGCUUCGUCUACACCGAACAGCAGUUGCUCAGGUUCUGGCCUUCACGCUCAACGCCGUGCAAGCUGAUCCUCCAUCUCAGGCGUGGUACGAUGCAGCCGAUCAUUUGGACACGUGGGAAGUCGAAUAUCUGAAUAUCUUGAAACAGAUACCGGAAUCGGUCCGCAAAGAGCCGCCGUCUUCCGAAUAUAAGCCCCCGUCGUGGAAACCCGUGGAUCGGUCUCCGUAUAUGCUACGACGGCGUUGUCAGCCUGACUUCCAGCCGUCACGGAAAAGCAAAGGAACUGACGAUGAGGAUGAGCAUGGAGACGAAGCAGGAGCUCCUUCAAGCCCGCCUUCCCCUUCUCCGCCGCCUAAUAAUGCCUCUAGAAGGGCUCGAGGCGACCGAGGGCUCGGGCUCGGGCUCGGGCGAGGACGACGACGAGGACGAGGGCGAGAAUCCCAGAAAGCUUGCGGGUGCACGCCGAAAAGAGCCGAAAAUCCAAAGAACGCGAUUCAAGACCAGUAUUGCACGAUGAAAUGCCUGCGUGGUUUGGCUAAGAAAGGCCCUCUGGAUCCUCAAAGUCCGAACGUCAGAAGACACGGACAUGGUGUCCACAGCAUCAACGCUCGUGAUUUGACGCGCCUCCUGUCUGAUCAAUUAUCACGCGAUCGGGAAAUUGGUUUCGAGCAGCUACACAUCGUCGGUAGGACUGGUUUUCUCUUAAAAGCCACCUUAUUAUCUCGUGGAUACACUGUGGUUCUCAAGGCCACUAGCGCCGAACAGCUUCCAAGCCUCGGGCAAGAAGUCAAAGCCUACCAUCAUCUCCGCUCUCUUCAAGGUACACAUGUUCCGGUAUGCGUGGGGGAUUUUGCUCCGCGCGUUCGGUACUGGUAUCACGGCCAGUUGAUGGCGCAUAUGCUUGUUUUAAGCUGGGUAGGUAUUAGAGCGAACAAGGUUAUGACUGAGCAGACUGCCUCUUCUUUCCGAGAGCAGUGCAAUGAGGUCUUGGAAAAGAUCAGUGCGUGUGGUGUCAUUCAUAGCGACCAAGAAUGGCGCAAUAUACUUUGGAAUGAAGAGACUGGCGGCCUCGUGAUCAUUGAUUUUGAGUCGCCUCCAAAAAUCUCUGGCAGCAGACGGGAAAUCUUUCGGGCAAGACAAAAACCAACAUCUCGGUUACCAUUAGGUGAAUUACCGGGCAAUCUAGUAGCCCAGGAGUCCACUUUUCCCAGAAAAACAAGUCAACCUGGGCAAUAA